UUUUGUCGCUUGUCUAUGACGUAUGAAAAUAGUGACGCUAACUUCCCUCGGGUGGUUUUUGCACAUGUUUAUGACCUUUGAGCAUUUGAAUGAACCGUUUUGGGUCUAUUUGUUUAGUAGAUGACAAUGUUUCUUGUAAGGAGAGCUGUGCAGGCGGCGGUGCGGGCAAAUCACUGCAGGUCGUUUUCUGCCUCACAGACUCACCUGAGCGACAGAAAAGGUUUGGUGCUGGGAGUGUAUGAGAAGGAGGGAGAGGAGGGCGGUCCUCAUCUGACAGAGGCAGCCACAGGUUUUGACCUAAGUCUGUCUGGAAAACUCUCUGAACUCCUGAAAAUCUCUGGACCUGCACUCAAGAAAGGCAAAAGCAGAAUGUUUUAUGGAAUCCACAAGGACUUCUCAUGUGUAGCUGUAGUCGGGCUGGGUAAAAAAACAACAGGAGUAUGUGGGGCAGAGAACUGGGACACCAGCAAGGAGAACAUCAGAGAGGCAGUGUCGGCUGGCUGCCGGUUGCUUCAGGACUUAGAGGUGAACCAUGUGGAGGUGGACGGCUGUGGUGAUGCCCAGUCAGCAGCAGAAGGUGCCCUUCUGGGUUUGUUUCAGUAUGACCAGCUGAAAUCCAAGAAGACGACCAGAGUAGCAGCACAACUUCAUGGCAGUACUGACUUGAUUGGCUGGGAGAAAGGAGUCAUGUAUGCAGAAGGCCAGAACCUGGCACGACUACUCAUGGAAGCUCCAGCUAAUUUCAUCACUCCUACUGCUUUUGCCAAUGCCAUCGAAGAGAAACUAGCACCACAUGCCGAACGAGUCAGAAUAAACAAGAGAUCCCAGGCCUGGAUAGAGGAGCAGCAGAUGGGAGCGUUUCUCAGUGUUUCUAAAGGUUCAGAGGAACCCUCUGUCUUUCUGGAGGUCCAUUACAACGGUUCACCUGAUAGCACGCAGGCCCCGCUGCUCUUAGUGGGGAAGGGCAUCACCUUUGACAGCGGUGGUAUUUCUCUGAAGCCGUCUUCUUCUAUGGAUGCAAUGAGAGCUGACAUGGGAGGUGCCGCUACUGUGUGUGCAUCUAUUGUCACAGCAGCAGCUCUGAAAUUGCCAGUCAACAUUAUCGGUCUGGCUCCUCUGUGUGAGAACAUGCCCAGUGGAAAGGCCACUAAACCAGGUGACGUUGUAAUAGCCAGAAAUGGAAAAACAAUCCAGGUUGAUAAUACAGAUGCAGAGGGUAGGCUGAUCCUUGCUGACGCACUCUGUUAUGGACAAACCUUCAACCCCAGAGCCAUUGUAAAUGUUGCUACACUAACAGGUGCAAUGGAUGUAGACUCUGACUGGCUCUGGAACCAGCUGCACAAGGCUAGUGUUGUGACAGGUGACAGAGUAUGGCGCAUGCCUCUGUUCCAGCACUACACCAGACAGGUGACUGACAGCCAGCUGGCUGACCUCAACAACGUCGGCAAGCACAGUCGUUCUGGUGGUGCUUGCACAGCAGCUGCAUUCCUGAAAGAAUUUGUCACAGCUCCUCACUGGGCUCAUCUGGACAUCGCUGGUGUGAUGAGUAAUAAAGAUGAAAUUCCCUACAUGAGAAAAGGCAUGUCUGGAAGACCAACACGUACCCUUGUGGAGUUGGCUGCUGGGCUGGCCCACCAUGGUUGAGAGAUGGACUCAGACCAGCUUCCAGCAGGAUUCAACAGGAAUAUUUCCACAGAGACCCAUAAUAAUAAUAAUAAUAAUAAUCACCUUUAUUUGGCCAAGUAUGUCACACACAA